AUGGCCCUCGCAGGCUCGGCCAGCGCUGCAUUUCAAGGUUUCAACUACGGCUCGACGUUCACAGACGGAACAGUGAAGGCUCAGUCCGACUUUGAGAACGAGUUCAAGACCGCCGCUGGUCUCGAGGGCACCGGUGGCGCCUUCACCAGUGCUCGCCUCUACACCAUGAUCCAGGGUGGCUCAACCAACCAACCCAUCUCUGCUAUUCCCGCUGCCAUCAAGACCAAGACCAGUCUGCUAUUUGGUCUCUGGGCCUCUGGUGACGGCUUUGCCAACGAGAUCGCCGCUCUUAAGAACACUGUCGACCAAUACUGUGGACAGCUUGACGACCUUGUCGCUGGUAUUUCUGUUGGCAGUGAGGAUCUCUACCGUAUUUCUCCUACUGGUAUCAAGGCCAAUGAGAACCCGGGUACCAACCCUGACAACCUCGUCGACUAUAUCAAGCAAACUCGUGCUGCUAUCAAAGGCACUUGCCUUGAGUCUGUCCCUAUCGGUCAUGUCGAUACAUGGACCGCAUACGCCAAUGCUUCCAACAAUGCCGUCAUUGAGGCCUGUGACUGGCUUGGCAUGGACGCUUAUCCUUACUUCGAAGAUACCAAGAACAACCCCAUCUCAGAGGGUGCAAACCUCUUCAAGGCUGCCUGGAAUGAAGUCAAGGCUGUUGCUAAGGGAAAGGAGAUCUGGGUCACUGAGACCGGAUGGCCCGUCAGCGGCAAGACAUAUGGCAAGGCUGUUCCCUCUACCAAGAAUGCUCGCACGUUCUACGAGGAUGUCGGUUGUCCUAUGUUUGGAGAUAUCAAUGUCUGGUGGUACACACUCCAGGAUUCUGCUCCCCAGACUCCCAACCCCAGCUUUGGCGUCAUUGGCUCCGAGUUGACCGAGAAGCCCCUUUACGACCUCAGCUGUGAUGAGAAGAGCAAGAAGGGAACUCUGGUCAGCCGCAGUAAUGAUGCGUCCGGCAACGUUGAGCACCGCUUCGUCAGCCCUUCUUUCGCAACUGGUAACUAUACCAACGGAACUGUGCCUGUCGUGUCUGGCACUGCCACUUCUCUUGUGCCCACUCCCUCUUCUACCUCCGGCAACGGUGGUUCCGCCACAACCCCUCUGCCUGGCAGCGGCGCUCAGCAGCUCAACUCAAUGGGUGCUGCUGCUGUAGCAUUCAUUCUUGCCGCUGCUCUGUUGUAA